GUGACAUCAUCAUUGUGAUCGCAGCUCCCCCGCAGCUCUGUGCUCUCUGACCUACCCACUGAAGUUCUGUACAACCGUUCACUCAAUAACUAUGCUUUCUGACUUACCUGUUGAAGUUCUCCUGGAUAAUUUAUUGCCUUGGCUUGCUAUUCCGGAUCUCAUCCAUCUAGGAGAGACAGAUCACUUCUUUGCGCGAUUGUGCAACGACGAAACAUUCUGGAAGAGGAAACUAGAAGAGGAUUUCAAUUUUACAGACGAGAGGACCGCCCGAAUCAGCGGAUGGAAACGUCUUUACAGAGGUUUGCGCAACCCCAAGACGUAUGUAUGGGGCGAGCCUUCGAAGGGAAGAUUAGGGUUGAAGAAGAUACCAAAGUCGACUCUUCAUGAUGUCCCUUCCCCAGCUGAGUUGCAGAUCAAAUCAGGCGCCCGGAUAGUCAGUCUUUCAGCUGCUGGAUGGGCGUUUUUUGCACUGGAUUCUGAUGGUAGCGUAUACGUGUGGGGAACUUUGAAUGGCACAUCGUAUGCUCUAGUACACGAUGGGUACUCCGAACCGGCAAAACCAGCUCCAGCACCAUUGAAGCUUGACAUGCCUUAUCCUACGCGGAGCAUCAGUUGUGGACGCUUGCAUGCUACUUCACUGGACGAUCAUCAUCACGUAUGGACUUUUUUAAGCUGGGGCCGUCCCUUCAGGCUCGACACGCUGGCGCUCGACGCAACUUCGUUUGAUUCUACUCCUGCGCAAGUUGAAUCCGGGUGGAACUUCUCCUCAGUCCUAACCAAAUCUGGUGAUGUAUAUGUCUGGUGGCCGUUCGCUGCUCCCCUAAAGGAUGUCAUCACCGCACGAAAUGCGGAUAUGGAUGCUGCGGAUCUAAAAUGUCACGCCACAGAGGGAGAUGUCAUCCCUUGCUCGACAUGGGAGCUUCACGAAGAACCCACCAGGCUACCCCCGUUGCCUCAACUACCGGAGAUGCCACUUGCGCCAGCGGAACCUGUGAAACUUGUCAAGAUUGCAGCGUUGGAGAGCCGGCUCAUUGGGUUGACUAAUCAUGGUCAUGUUCUCUCGAUAUCUGUUGAAAGUGAUGGUGCUGUUCGGUCUGGCGGAUGGGAAUAUCUUCCUAACUUCUCUGAAGUUGACAAGGUUCAGCAGCACCCCGCUUAUGUUUCUUCUCAAUUGAAACCGCCGCAGAGCUUGCGGAUAACUCAUAUCUCGGCGCAAUUUCAAACAUUUGUUGCUUAUUCUCCCGGUUCCAGUUCUGUCAUUCUCUUUGGUUCUCACGAAACACAUGCCGAUUCGAAACCUUCGAUUCUCCCCUCACUUCAAAACAACGACGUUAUCUCCGUUGUUUUGGGAGAUUACCAUCACGGUGCUCUUACAUCCACCGGGAAGCUUUUGACGUGGGGUGAGUAUUCUCGAGGUGCGCUCGGCCUCGGUGAUCCUGCCACGCUUCCACCUGGCCACCCAGGGGGCUACAGAACUGAAGAACACAAAAGAAAUGCUGUCGCCAAUGGCGGGCCGUUUCCGCCGGGCGUAUCCGAGCCCGCGGAAGUCAGCUUUGGUCACGGGGAAGCACAGAAGGAGAAGAUGUUCUGCUUUGCUGUAACAGCUGCUGGAUGGCAUAUGGGAGCUCUCGUUAUUGAUUUAGAGCCACACACGGAUGUUCAGAAAGAUAACGACGAAGACGAAGGUCCUCCCAUGCCAGGACGGUUUCCCCGGCGCGAGACAAGCGAGUCGCCGCGCGACUAUCCUCGGGAGCCAGGUCAGUGGGGUCCGCCUAUAAUGCCCAGGGCGUUUCGAAUCGGGUUUGCUGGACGAGGCGCCUUCAGAGGUGGACAUCUGGGUCGCGGUCGUGGCUUUUGAGAGCAACGACCGAACUUGGGGUUUAUAAGAAUUGAUGGGCCACUUCUCAGGCUUAGAUGUGGGUGUACGACCGUAUCAUGUCACGUUCCAUUCUGCUUCUUGAUCGGAACCUUUUGAUGUCAUCACGAACACUCCAGGACUUGAGAGAAAACUGACAUGCGUCGAGUAAAACAAGGUAAGAUGCUAGUUUC